UGUAAGUCCGUUAUUUCGCCGCUUGGAUGAGCGUCGCAGCUCUGCCUCACAUUUACUGUUGCUGCUGCCGUUGAAUUGCCUUUGACACUUGGCUUCUUGCAGGCCAUCAUCAUCCUCGUCGUUAUGACCGUCGUUUUCAAUGCUAUAACUGUCGUCGACCAACGGAUUGCCUUCGUGCGUAUAGGGGGAUUCUCACAUGCCCCACCAGUGAGUGCUAUUCGCAUCGCAUGGCAGCUCAGCUCGUAAGCGUUUGAGGCGCCGCGUUUCAGUGUUGUUCAAGCCGCGUAAGACUUUGGUUCGCUUAGGACGCGUAGUCUCGGCAUUCAUUUUAAUUUUACUUGCUUUAAAGUAACUACUUGCUGGCCACAUGAAAUCUCUCAACGCACACAUAAACACCUAUAUAGAUACGCAUAUGUGUUGUGGCAGCACAAUAGACCGGUGGUACGUGGCGUAUGCGUAACAAAAUGAAAACAUCACCGCAUAGUGUUAGAAAAAACAAAGCAACAUAAAAUAGACCGGAGAAAAACACCAGCAAAGGGAAAUAAAAGUGCACGGUCAGCGCCAGUGGCUUAAAGGCAAAAGCAAGCACAAAACCAAAACAAACGAAUGUGGCUAUUGUGUACGUGUUAUUGUGUGAGUGCCGGAUUUAAUUGGCAAUGAAAUGGUGAAAUAACAAAAGGCAACCAUUACGGCUUGUUUAUGCAGGCGUGCGCGCCUAAAAUUAUGUGACUGUGUGCAAUUUCUUUUUGACCAUAAAACACACGAAAACGUCAAUUUUUUGCUUGUGAUAAAAAGGGUUUUGAUAUUUGAUGAAAUCGCUUGUGAUUGGAAGUGUAGCCGAAAGUUGGCGCGGGCAAAAGUGCUGAUUAAAAACGUGAAUAAAAGAAAAACAAAAAAAUAAUAAAUAAAAAAAUAUAAAAUUUAAAAUAUAAAAAAACUGAAAUUCAAUUAAAAAUUGCUGCUGUGCAACUAAUAUUCUACAUAUGUACAUACAUGCUCCCGCGUAAAACACACCGCGGCCAAUUAAGGCAGCCAUUAAACAAAUUUGAAAUGUGUUUUGUGUAAAAAUGCAGUGCAUUCAUUAUUUACAUAGCGUUUAAGGCGUUUGAUUGAGGCGUGUUUUUCAAUGCAAUGUGUUGCAUGGAAAGUGUUAAAUAAUUAAGUUAAUCGUUUUAUGCGCCUAUAAAUAUGCAGCGCUAUUUGCAAUGGGAGUACGUACAGCAAUUUAAUAAUUAAAGGAUCAUACAUCGCACAACUACCGAGACCGACUUAAACCAACUGAGAAUUCUGAGGAAAAAUGCAGAGCUAAACAAACAACUGUGAUAUGGCUGCAUGCUAAGAACUAUAGUAUACAGUUAGCGGCGCACGCUUACGCAACAAACUUGCAAACACACACCGACUUAGGCUUCAAUACAUUCAAAUCCGAACAAAUUGCGCAUGCGUCAAUGGCGAUAAUAAGAUAUGCGCCCACGCAAGAUGUCGCCAGCAGCAUCGGUAGUACGAACACCACCACGAUCACUACCACCAACAACAACAGCAACAACAAUGACAGCAAUAACAAUAGCUACCUACCGUAUGCACGGAAUAGCAGCAGUAGAGUCGCCGCGCCGGUUGAACCAGCCGUCAACGUCAACAAUUCACUCUACUACUGGGAGUUUGCUGCGGAGGAGUUGCCCGAGUUUUCACUGGUCGCCCCAGAGUUAGAACCUUCCAUACAACAACUCGCCGCUGCAGCUCAAGAACCCGCGUCAUCCUCCUCGUACUCAUAUCAGGAAACGAAUGCCCGCGCGGACAAUCACACGACUGAAGUGCAAGGCGAGCCACCGCCUUCCUUCUAUACGAGUUUCAAUAUUUCCGAUGAUAUCUUCGAUUAUUUUAAUGGAUUUCUCGAGAGCACCGAGCAGCAACAGCAAGAACAACCAUUGUUGACCACCACCAGCACAGAGAGCGUAACGAGCGCGAUCAGCAAUAGCGUGGCCACGGCGAAUUUGACGCUAACGACGUACGUACAGACUGUUAGUAAUGGCUCACGUGAUCCGGCAUUGGGUGAAUUUCUCUGUCUACUACCUAAUGAGCGUAUUUCGUUGCUCUCAUUUCUGUUUCUCUUCUCUUUCGCCACCGUGUUCGGCAAUGCACUGGUGAUACUGGCUGUGGUACGCGAACGCUACCUGCACACGGCUACGAAUUACUUCAUCACGAGUUUGGCGGUAGCCGAUUGUCUGGUGGGCCUGGUUGUGAUGCCCUUGUCGGCGCUGUACGAAGUGCUCGAGAAUACGUGGUUCUUCGGCACCGACUUUUGUGAUAUCUGGCGCUCAUUGGAUGUGCUCUUCAGCACCGCUUCCAUUUUGAAUUUAUGUGUGAUAUCAUUGGAUCGUUAUUGGGCCAUAACGGACCCUUUCUCCUAUCCGAUGCGUAUGACGGGUAGGCGCGCCGCCUUUCUGAUCUGCGCAGUGUGGGUCUGUUCGAGCACGAUUAGUUUUCCAGCGAUUGUGUGGUGGCGUGCGGCGCGCGACGGCGAGAUGCCCGCUUAUAAGUGCACGUUUACGGAGCAUCUCGGCUAUUUGGUCUUCUCAUCGACGAUCUCAUUUUACCUGCCACUACUAGUUAUGGUCUUCACCUAUUGUCGCAUCUAUCGUGCUGCGGUCAUACAGACACGUUCGCUGAAGAUCGGCACCAAGCAAGUGCUGAUGUCAUCAGGUGAACUGCAAUUAACCUUACGUAUACAUCGUGGUGGCACAACACGUGAACCUUCGACAAGCGCGUCACAUCAUCCGACAAUUCAUGGCUCGUUGGGUGGCGCGCCGAGCGGCGAUGGCAUGCAACAUCAUCGCCAUCAUUCACAUCAACAUUCCACGCUUCACAAUCACAGCGCAUCGGGCACGACGACUUCAACGCCCGAGGAGCCCGACGAUGAACCACUAUCGGCGCUACACAAUAAUGGGCUGGCACGUCACAGACAUAUGGGUAAAAAUUUCUCCUUGUCGCGUAAGUUGGCGAAAUUCGCCAAAGAGAAGAAAGCAGCCAAGACGUUGGGUAUAGUGAUGGGUGUGUUCAUCGUGUGCUGGCUGCCGUUCUUCGUGGUUAAUUUGCUAUCCGGUUUAUGUGUGGAGUGCAUCGAACAUGAAGAGAUAGUUUCGGCGGUGGUCACAUGGUUGGGCUGGAUCAAUUCAUGCAUGAAUCCGGUGAUAUACGCUUGUUGGAGCAGAGACUUCAGGAGAGCAUUUGUGCGUCUGCUGUGCGUUUGCUGCCCGCGCGGAGUGCGCCGCAAAUACCAACCGACAAUGCGUUCCAAAUCGCAGAGAUUUGCGACGCGCCGUUGCUAUUCGACAUGCUCACUGCAUGGCAUUCAACAUGUGCGACACAACUCCUGCGAACAGACAUAUAUCUAGUGUUAGUUGAAUGGGUUCUGGUGCGACAAACGCCAAGGGGCCGUCAUUAGGGGCAUGCGAAUGCUCAAAUACAAAUACAAGCUCAAACAAAUCAAACAAAAUGAGAAAAUCAUAAAACAGAAACAGAAACAGGAUCAGAAACAGAAACAGAAACAAAAAAAGAGCGACGUGGCAUAAUGUGAAAAUAAAUUAGCGGUGCAAAAUGGUGGCAAACCAAGCAAGCACCACUACAAGUGCAAAAUAGUUGAAUUGCAUAAGCGAUUGGUGCUUUGCGACUGUCGCUCGCGUGAACAAAAACAAAAAAUAUUGUUCAAUUUUGAAAACAAAUACAACUCGGCAUAGGAAAUUUUGCUCAUAACAGUAAAAUGUUGCAAUUACAACAAACAAAUUGUUGCUACAACAAGUGCAAAGUUGCUGCCGCCAUGGUAGCCGCCUCAACACCAUUCAGCUACACUUCGGUGCAACAAUUCGACGGCAACCGUUCGAUCAUGUGACGACAGCUCAGCAGCUGCAGCUCCUGUAGCGGGAGCAGCAGCUGCGGCCGCAAUGCCAUACAUCAUCAUCACCUACACCCGCAUCCGCAUGCGCACCACCAAUUGCAACAGCAGCAACAACAACAACACUUGCAACGCAGCUGCACACGCUGUCAAAGCUUCCACCGGCAUCACCAUCGCCAGCGA